AAUGUCGGAUUCCAAAGCAUUAAGUCGUCUUUUAAGCCUCCCUAACGAGAUUACCGUUAAAAUUUUUGGACAUACUAAACCGGAGGAUAUUUGCUCCAUUUCUUUAGCAAAUAGAAAGUUCUAUAAACUUUUCCACGACGACUAUGUCUGGCAGCUAAUGUGUAAAACCCAAUAUCCCACAAGUAGAAUUUUGGAAGCUCAAAAGGAUCUGGAUAAAGAUGGAAAUUUGAGGCAAUUAUUUUACACUGUUCCAGAGUCUAGAACAGCUUUACGCUUGUUAUACCCGAGCACCAAUCUGGACGCAGAAUUAAAUAAUAAUACUGUUCUGUCAACAGAAAGUAAUGAAAUG